AUGAGGCCCUGCCUGGUCCUCCCUUGUGGUCCUGCUGCCACCGCCACCUCCUUCUUGACCGCUUGCCUUUUUUUCCUCCCGCAGAAGACGCUGGCUGCCCGGAAGUCUGGCAUCUCCCUGGCCAUGCUCAUCCGGACCUCCGUCAACAAUGAGGAGAUGAAAAUGCACGUGUUCAAGAAGACGCUGCAGGCGCUGAUCUACCCGAUGUCCUCCACCACCCCGCACUACUUCGAGGUCUGGACGGCCACGGCCCCCACCUACUGCUACGAGUGCGAGGGGCUGCUCUGGGGCAUCGCCCGGCAAGGCAUGCGCUGCACCGAGUGCGGGGUCAAGUGCCACGAGAAGUGCCAGGACCUGCUCAACGCAGACUGCUUGCAGAGUUCUGAUGGGAAGCCGAACCGGGAUCCGUCCCCUCCGAGGGUCCGCUUUCUAGCCUCCGGGAUCAAUGUGUGGGGCCGCCCCACCGCCUGA